AUGGCAGAGGAGUCGUGGGAGGAGGGUCGGGGGUUGGACUUCCUCGAGAGCCUGGGCCCGGACAUCUCCGCCACCGUCUUCAGCCUGCUCGACGACCCCGCCGACCUCGCGCGCGCCACCACCGUCUCCCGCUCCUGGCGCCGAUUCGUUAUUGCAAACCAGUUCAGCAAGAUCCUGUGCCUGCGGGUUUAUCCGGAGGUGUCCAACUUCACACGUGUUGAGUUGAGCAGCAUCAGCAGUGCACACCGAAAUGCUGGAUCAAGUGCUUGUGCUGGGCUGGAGAAGCUCGGGAGGGAUCAUAGGGUGUAUAUGCAUCUUAGCCAUGGCCUUCUCUCGCCGUACGACCCCAAGGAUUGCAUCAGUCACUGCAUGGGCGCAUCCAGCACUGAUCGUUUCCCUGAGGAGGCCAUAGAAAAUACCAUUGAACCGGUUGAUCGUCAGGAGAGUAAACUGUCUUAUUGGUCGAGUGGUGGCCAGAAAGAUCCUGCUGUGCCAGAAUGCCUGAUAUAUAGCCUUCAGUCAGAGCUGUGUCUUGUUGAUGAAAUCAGGAUACGGCCAUUAAAAGCAUUUUUUCGAUAUGGUCAUCCGAUAUAUUCAGCAAAACACGUCCGGUUCCGCUUGGGCUAUCUAAAACCACCCCACUGGUCUGAAACACAUGUAUAUGUUGAAAGUGAUGCGGAGCUGAUUGAUGAUAGCAACUAUAUCUGGACGUACACAUCUCCAGAAUUUCCAAUGCUACAGGAAAAUGUGAUGCAGUCUUUUAAGCUACCACACUCAGUUCUAUGUAUUGGUGGAGUGGUGAAGAUUGAGCUUCUUGGCAGGGUCCACAAGGACACGUUUGAUGGUCGGUACUACAUAUGUGUGUCUCAUGUCCAACUAGUCGGGAAGCCACUGUCAGAAGAUUUUGGGGUCGCCCCGAGCAAAAAUGAUGUAGUUCUCAGUUACUAUCUGGAUUAUCGUAGAUUCGGGGGACGAUCACAGCAAAGUACAUGA